UCUUUGUAUUUUAAAAAACUUGCUAGUUUUGUAAUUUUGGUAAAUUAAAAAGACAAAGUCUAUAUUUACAUGCUAAGUAUCACCUGGUUCACUCCACAAAUAUUUACUGAAUGUCUCUAAGCAGCUGGCACUGUGGGUAGCAGUGAUCUUGACAGACAGAGUCCUUCUCUGAAGGUCUUUGGGGUGAGUUCUGAGAGGAGGGCAGCAGCUGUUUAUCACACAGAGUCUUGUGUGUCGUAGUAAAGAGUUUGGGCUUAAGCUGGAAUCCAAUAGGAAACUGCUAGGGAGUUUUAAACUCGGCUGGUGAUGUGAUCUGGUGAUGUGAGUAUCAGUGUCGGUGACAUCUUGAAAAAGUAGAGAAGGAGGAGUUACUUUUAAAUGCAAGAGGGAGAACACUUAUGCCAAAAUAUUUAAUACCAUCUCUUUUUUAUAAAAGAUAUAGAAGUCUUGAGGCAGGCAAGAUUACUCUGCCUGUCCGAAACCAUACAUCUGAAAACAUCUCACCAAGUAGCAUCACACUGAGAAGAAACACCACCACAAAUGACUGAAAUUCUUACUUUUUAUUAAAAUGAGUUAAAGCCCUGUGAAUUACAUUCCAACAAAGGAAUUUAUGAACAUACUCAUAGCAUAAACCUACUGUAACGUUUCUAUCUGGGUUCCACAAAAUGCAUUCGUCAAAUGCAGCUUGCUAUUUAGGGUGAGUAUAAUCAGUUUACAAGAAGGUGAAUGAAGGAGGCCUGGAGAGGAGGAAUAUAGUGCACAGCUUGAAACUUUAAAUGUCUGUACCCUGUUCUUCCUUCAGACAAGAUGGGAUGGUCAGAAUAUCCCUGUCACUUUCAUGGAUAAAGCAAAGCCUUUGUGCUAGAAGAGUUUGGGAAAAGACUUCUAGGGAAUUUUGCAGUUUCUAACUAAGUAUCAAUACAUCCAGAAAGAGAAUGAGAAAAAGAACAACAGCCAUUGGUGGAGUAUUUGAUCUAUCUUAGCCCAAAGCAAAGCUAUUAUAUUUUCAAAAGAGAAGAGAGAUUAGCUUCUAAGUUGCUAUAUUCAAGAACUAUUCCAGUUUCAGGCAAGAUUUAUUUUGCUUAAUGUAUCUCCUUUUAUAGAAGCCAGACCUUUCCCUUCACUGGCCCCUGAAAACCUUAGGUUAUGGCCGCAAUUUAUAUGAUAAAAGAGCUGUAAAUGCAAAAUUUAGGGAGAGUGAUUUUUUUUUAAUGCAUAAAGCUUUGAAAAAUACAACAUAGAUUAUAGGUGGAAGCUGAAUUAAAGUUUUUAAAAGAAUAAAGACCUACUAAGUCAUCUGUUCGCUGCCCAGAGCAAAUUGUACUGUUUCCCAAGCCUGGAAGCCUUAUCAGAUUUAUCGUGUGGCUAUAUAUACUGCUUCUUAUUUUUACUUGGUUGUGCUUUUUUAAAGCAUUACAAUUCAUCACUGUGAAAAUUAUUACUUUAUACUUUUUCAACCCUUCAUAGAGUCAGUCUCUAAAGUAAGAAAGUGCUGCUUUCACUUGGAAAAAGUAUCUUACCUUUAGGAUGAAUUUUUUUUUUCUUCAAUUCCUGUUGAUGUCUUUAUGAACUUCUGCAGUUCCAACAUUGACCACCAGGUGCAGCAGAGAGAAUGCUUCCUUUGUCCUUUGUUAGUUCCCAUAACAGAAGUCUAGGAGUAGGAUGGGCAUCAGGACUGAUUUGAACUGGUAAUGUCUUAGUGAUGUCCUUACUUGACUUCUUUUUGUGUUUCUAUUUUCCUACAUUCAUCAUCAUGCUAAGGUGGACUGUCUUUUUUGAUACAAUAUGGCUGCUAGCAACCCCUAGGGUUAUGUCUACAGAGAGAGCAUCUUCUUCCCUACCAAUGAACAACUUUGGCAGUUUAUCUGUCCCUCACUAUCUGCCUGACCAAUCACUGGGCAAUGAGGAGGGGCCGUGUUGAUAGGCUUAGGACAGGCAGGGCUCCCUACUGGAGCUAGGGAUGAACUCAACUCUCACCCAACCAUGAGAGAGCUAUACAAUGUCAGGGAAUGAAAUAGAUUCAGGGGUGUGGCAAUCACUGCACUCGGUAUACUGUUUUAGCUGCUCCUUCCUUCAUGUUAUCAUUUAGAAGGAUUUUGGCUGUCUGUGAAAUACCGUGUUGCUGCCAUUCCUACUUUCUCAAUUGCUCUGUGCUGAGAGAUGCCUGUUGGCAAGGAUGAUCACCAAGGAUGAAAUAGAAUUGUUGCCUCUCACUGUCAUUCCAAGGAAAGCUUUUCCCAACCCAGGGAAAGUGGGAGAGAUGUAGGAGGAGAACAAUAAUACUCUUAGGGAGCAUGGCAAGUAAUAAAAUUGGGGCUCUCAUUUGGGGACUAAGAAGAUCAAACUGGACAGGCAAGGUUGGAAGUCACACACCCAAAGAGAAGACACAGCAAUGAGAUAAUCCAGCUGUGAUGUGGUGAUUUAAAUAUGUGUCUCUAUGUGUAUGCAUAUGUGUUUAUAUAUGUAUAUAUGUGUGUGUGUAGAUAGAUAGAUAGAUAGAAGCAAGGAAAUUCUAUAUCGAUAUAAAAUUUCAAUUCAGUAGAGGAAGGAAGAAGUUGGCUGACAACUCUGUCUCUUCUAUUUGACUUUUAACUUUUAGGUCUUUUUAGAUCUUGGUUUGUGGUUGUAAAAUGGUUUGUAGUUUUGCUGGAAAGUUGAUAAUUUUUUGAGUCCAGCGAAGUAAAGAAAGUGGGAGUGGAAAGCUGUAGGGAUCUUGAAGAUGACCUCCUCCAAAGUCCCUCUCCCCCAGCCAGAGGUGCCAGGGAGUAGCUCCCUCAGGGCCUCACAGCUAGUCAGGGAGUAGUUGUGGAUCCAAGCUGUGAAUUCCAGUUUCUCUAUUUAAGUGCUCUCUUAACAAUAUUUGGUACCUAUGUCUUAUCUGUAGUAGGAAAACCUGUCUGCAAUAAUCCUCUUUACCAAGCAGGGCUGUUUGGAUCUUUUUUAGUUCCUUUAAACAGAAUUUUAACAAUAGAAUUUUGCCUAUGACUCCUUAACAAAUGGGCAAUUUGGGAUAGGAAACAUAAUAAGAUCCUAAGAUUGUUUUGUAAUAAAUAAGAUUAAGAUCUGAAAUACAUAGUCCUUUUUUUCUCUUUCACUGUUGGUAGAUUUACUGCUCAUCUGUGAAAGGAGGAGAAUCAGUUCCUUUAAAAAAUUUAUUAUUCAGAAUUUCUACUAACUUAAAUUGAUCAUCACUGAUAAUGAAGUUAUUAAUCGUGCAUGGCCUCUCACUGCUGCUGGACGUGACUGAAUGCUUUACAAGCCAGAGCUCAUUUAUUCUCGUAGCAACCUCUCCCAAACCCUGGAAGGCAAAGGCAGCUCAAGCAUCUCAUCCGACGUGAGUUCAAGUACAGAUCACACACCAACCCAAGCCCAGAAAAAUGUGGCUACCAGUGAAGACUCCGACCUGAGCAUGCGCACACUGAGCACGCCCAGCCCAGCCUUGAUAUGUCCACCGAACCUGCCCGGAUUUCAGAAUGGAAAGGGCUCGUCCACCUCCUCCUCCUCCAUCACCGGGGAGACAGUGGCCAUGGUCCACUCCCCGCCCCCGACCCGCCUCACCCACCCGCUCAUCCGGCUCGCCUCCAGACCCCAGAAAGAGCAGGCCAGCAUAGAGCGGCUCCCGGACCACUCCAUGGUCCAGAUCUUCUCCUUCCUGCCCACCAACCAACUGUGCCGCUGCGCCCGUGUGUGCCGCCGCUGGUACAACCUGGCCUGGGACCCGCGGCUCUGGAGGACUAUCCGCCUGACGGGCGAGACCAUCAACGUGGACCGCGCCCUCAAGGUGCUGACCCGCAGACUCUGUCAGGACACACCCAACGUCUGUCUCAUGCUGGAAACCGUAACUGUCAGUGGCUGCAGGCGGCUCACGGACCGAGGGCUUUACACCAUUGCCCAGUGCUGCCCGGAACUGAGGCGACUGGAAGUCUCGGGCUGUUACAAUAUCUCCAACGAGGCCGUCUUCGACGUGGUGUCCCUGUGCCCCAACCUGGAGCAUUUGGAUGUGUCAGGGUGCUCCAAAGUGACCUGCAUCAGCUUGACCCGGGAGGCCUCCAUUAAACUGUCCCCCUUGCAUGGCAAACAGAUUUCCAUCCGCUACCUGGACAUGACGGACUGCUUCGUGCUGGAGGACGAGGGCCUGCACACCAUCGCGGCGCACUGCACGCAGCUGACCCACCUGUACCUGCGCCGCUGCGUCCGCCUCACCGACGAGGGCCUCCGCUACCUGAUGAUCUACUGCACCUCCAUCAAGGAGCUGAGCGUCAGCGACUGCCGCUUCGUCAGCGACUUCGGCCUGCGAGAGAUCGCCAAACUGGAGUCCCGCCUGCGGUACCUCAGCAUCGCCCACUGCGGCCGGGUCACCGACGUGGGCAUCCGCUAUGUCGCCAAGUACUGCAGCAAGCUGCGCUACCUCAACGCGAGGGGCUGCGAGGGCAUCACGGACCAUGGCGUGGAGUACCUCGCCAAGAACUGCACGAAACUCAAGUCUCUGGACAUCGGCAAAUGCCCUUUGGUCUCCGACACGGGCCUGGAGUGCCUGGCCCUGAACUGCUUCAAUCUCAAGCGGCUCAGCCUCAAGUCCUGCGAGAGCAUCACCGGCCAAGGCUUGCAGAUCGUGGCGGCCAACUGCUUCGACCUCCAGAUGCUGAAUGUCCAGGACUGCGAGGUGUCCGUGGAGGCCCUGCGGUUUGUGAAACGCCACUGCAAGCGCUGUGUCAUCGAGCACACCAACCCUGCCUUCUUCUGAAGGGACAGCUUCCAGCCGGCACUGUUUUCAUACAAACACGAACCAAACGAAAUGUUUUUUAAAAGCAGCAUAUGUAAGCACCGACACCCACUCAUAACAGCUAUUUCUUCCAGCAAGGUUCUUAGGAAUCUGGCUUUUAUUUUUCCUAGUUUCUCAUGGGCAACAGAGGUCAAGGAAAGGAAAGUGGGGACAAAUUUCUACUAUAGUAAACGGUUUGGGGGGGUCAGGUCAUUUGUAGGCAGUUCCUCUUCUCACAAAAGAUGUACCUCAGAAAGCUGAUGGCAGUGUCUUCAGAAACACCUCUUUCUCCCUCUGUCUCUCUCCUCCUGGCACAUCCCCAGGGGUCUACACCCCCAUCUCUCCUACUCCACCCAUCCCCCCAACAGCAACAGCAGUAAAUCAGAACAAUAAUGCUCUCCAGGCCUCCUCCUCUUUAAACUGCGUGAUUGGCCUAAGCCAUGCUCUUCAAUCCCACACCCAAGCAAAUUCUUGUUAAAUAAAUAUCACAGAACCUGGUAUUUAUAAAGUGCUUCCAAACCUUUUUAAACUAUCACUUGUGGCAAACAGCGUGGUAGAGGAAGAGACUUGUGUUCCUCCCCCCAGUUCUGCCACUAACUAGCUGUGUGAGCUUGGGCAAAGCACUUGACCUCUGUGGGCUUCAGCUUCCAGCACUGAGUCAGGGGCCAUCGAUUGAGGAUUAGCUUCAUGCCCAUUUUACAGCUGAGGGAACAGAGAUGUCAAUAGACAGAAGCACCUUGGCACAGACCACACAAGGCAUCUACCUGUUCCAAGAGUAUUGAUUCUGUAGAUGCUUUCAGGAGAUUCGGAAGUGCCAACGCCAUGUCCCGUACGUCCUUCCCUCCAGUCUGAGCAUCACUUCCAUCCCUGUUUGUUUUGCUGGGUGAGUCUUUUAGGCAUCUUUUCCUGCCCUGCUAGAUGGGUGGUCUCUGUGCCCAAGUGCUCUCAGCAUCACCCCACUCCACACCAUCCACGAAGCAAUGGAAUUCCUAAUGCCAGCAAAGCCCACAUCCCCCAGUCAAGUUGAUCUUUCUGAGUGUCUUCAAAUAGGAGGAAAGACCCUCAUGAUUUUUAAUUAACAAGUGACGCCCAAGAGGACACAUGUCCUCUAAGGUUUUUCUAAUCCUUCUCAUUGCGCACGUGGCAUGCAGCAGGCACAUCUGCCCUGCAGCUGGCAGGAACAGAUGCCUUGGUUCUUUGUCAUUCGGAUCACAUUGCUACUUUUCUCAUCUAUUUAUUUCUUUGUGCAUCCAGACUUUGUCACAUGAAGCCUGUUGGGGUUAAGUCAUAAGGGUUUAAUUGUGCAGAUUGCCACCUUGUGUGCCUUCCUCCGUGGUUGUCUGCAUGUUCUCUGUCAAAGAAUGCAGAGCAGACUUCCACCUAUUUAAAUACCGUUCCUUCAAAAAUACCAGACAAAUGGAAGAGGGAACACAUUGAUAAGACUUAGGCUGUGGUCCAUCAACCAGGCCCUUGGAAUAGAACAUUAAAAUCUUGCCAACUAUGAAUUUCAAAUGGCCCUAUUUGGAUAAAAAUCCAUGUGCCAGCUUCAUUCAUGCAAAAUCAGGAUGCCAAAAGAAAUUCCAUUGCUUGUUUUCAUGACAUUUACUUGCCUUUUGUUAAUAAACACAUAACCUUUCCCAAAUUAUUCUCUGGCCACACACCUUCUUCAUCACUGUUCCAAUGGUUCAUCCAUUUCUUUCUCAAAGAGUCCACCAUCCAGACUCAGAACCUGUGCAUCUCCGAGUCAAGCACGUGGAUGUUGCUUCAGAUCAAGCUUACACAGCGCUCGACAACUGCACUCCCACUGUAGGCUCCCUGCGUUGCUUUGUCUUAUGUUGGGAAGGAGGAGAGAGAGUGAGGUUUCUUUCAUUCAUACUCCUCUCCAGUCAACAUUGCCAACAGCUUAAAUAUGCAAUCGAGACUGUUUGCCACUGGGGAAAAUGAAUUGUUUGGCAGGGGAUAGUAUCUAGUGAUAGUCAUAGAGUUUAGAACUACGAAAGGGCCUGAAGGUGGCAUUCCCCUGCUCUGUGGCUUGUGACCCUAUCUAAAGUUUCAGAAUUUGAGAGUCACAAAGGAUUGUCCCUAACCCUUGGCACUGGGGUUUUCCACGUGAGCUGGUCUAAUACUCUCAGAAUGAGAAGGGAGAACCAGAAUUGCUCCCUGAAUCAGAGAAGGGGCAUCCCAUUGCAAACAUCUUUAUCACCACAACCUGACCGCAUCACCUAAACCGUCUUCCAAACAUGAGACAAAGCCGACUUUCACGAUGAUUGCCCUGCACCUACUGUCUUCCCCAGUUUCUCCCUUUCUCCCAGUCUUCUCUUCAUCCAUUCUACUUCCCCUUGGGGGAUGAAUCUAUGACAGAGGUUACUGGGGAAACAGCUCAGCAGAUUUUUAGAGACCCAGCAAAAGGCCUCACUAGGAAAUUUAUCUGUUUUAAAACAGUGCUUCCUUCCUGCCUCUGCUAAAUUGAAUGCUCAUUGUUUUUUUAAUUCUAAUGUUCAAAUCACUGCGUGCUGUAUGACUCUAGAAAGCCUUAAUUUACUACCACCAAGAAAUAAAGCAAUAUGUUGGUAAUCGA